CAAUCCAGUAGCCGCCCGACUGUUGAAACAAGUUGUAUCUCACCGCUGAGAGUUCUCGAGCAUUCUAUCGCAGCCAUAAAAGGAUAUUACUUGGCUUCUUCUUCCAUCCUACAUGCGGCACCCUCUAAACAGUUUUGAUCGACGAUCGAUUGAUGCUUUCCAACGAGCACCGCACGAGGCGGAUGCUCGACCUCUACUCUGCUCAUUCCAACAUUUGAUCUCAAGUGCACAAGCAAAACCAACCAACUCAACCAACUCAACCAAUCAUGGCUAUCUCCGACAACAGCUCGAGCAACAACGCCGCCCAGCAGGAGUUCACCAAGCUGCAGGAGAUGAUGCAGAACGGUGCCAACGAAGCCACGAACUACCUGGAUUCGCUCAAAUCCAAGUUCACUGAUUAUGACAACUCGCACACGUCGUCGAAGGAGAAAGCGUCGUCCUACUUCGAGAGCGCCAUGGACCGAGCCCGAAAGUCGGUGGACGACUUCAAGCAGAAGUCAGAAGAAGUUCGCCGACAGGGCAACAACGCGUCGGACUCUGCGGUCGAUGCCGCCAAGCGAUCCAUGGAGCAGGCGAACUCGUCUCUUGACGACUUAGGCAACUCCGCCCGAGAUUACGACCAGCGCGCACGCAGCAACAUCAGCUCAGGCGUGGACACUGCCAAGGACAAGGGCUCGAGCGCACUGUCAUCGAUGCAGGACUCGAUCUCGUCGCUCGUGAACUCCACCAGGGAUUCGACGUUCCACGGCUUUGAGUCGUUGCAGAACCAGUUCGCAGCGACCAAGAAGGCGAUGGGGGAGCGCGCGUCCUCCGCAGCCGACACCGUCUCCAACAAGGCGUCGGAUGCUUCGAGCAAGAUGAACCCGGAUGAACCCUCGCUGAUUGAUCGCGCGACGGGAGCGGUGUCGUCUGGAGUGAACUACGUCACGAGCGCGUUCCAAGGCGACAACAAGAAAUAAAGAGUCACUAGGAGAUCGUAGGUGAGCGAGGAGGCGAUCCAGCGACAUUCAUGACAUUCAUAUUAGCUUUUCCUAAAAAGCAAAUCUACUCUGCCUUUAACUCUACUUGGUGCUAGCGAGUUGCAGCGAUCGUUGACUGAAGGUGCUGUUUUCAUCGAAAAUUAAAAACAAUGC